CUGAGAAAUUUUAUAUUAGUGCAUUGUGAGAAAACAGUAAUUUUUGUUUUUAAUUUUAAAUUCAAUACUUACAAGCAGAAUCUAACAGAGGACGAGUUUCGGCAAGCUGUGAGAGAUUUGAUAUUUUUUAUCUUUGAAUGCACCUUGCUGCACGUGUCAGAAUGCAUUUGUGUGCUAAGGAUGUGCUUAACUUCUCUCUCUAGUGUACGUGGGAAAAUGCGCUAUCUCUCACUCAACCUGAAACAGAGAGAGAGAAACGAAUGAGUAUAUGAGUAGCACUUAUUGGAUUUGCCAGCUUCAUUCGAGCACUAGUUACGUUCAUGUUACAUAUAUCAUCAUCAUGAACUCAUCAUAAUCAUCUGCACAUCAGGACUACAUACUACCAGACACUCCUCCUCCUCAACAAAGCACUUCCUUCCCAUCUUAUUGGGCAGCGCAAGCUGCACAGCAGAAGAAGAAGCUUCCAACCACCACUAUCACUGCUGCUGCUACACCCGACAGCGACAAGUCACCACUGAAGAGCUGUGGUAUCUUUGUGGAGAGGGACUUGAGCAGUGAGGAAAUUAUCGUACCGGACAGUCCACUAUCAUCCAUAUCACAUCUGGAGUGGGCACCGAGGCGUGUACGGCUCACCAUGAUCUCCAACAAGCAACAGCAGCAGCAGCAACAGUGGAAGAGAAAGCUGCGCUUUCUGGAUGAGGAGGAUAAGGAGACCAUCUUUGUACCCUCAAAGAAACGCAUGUGUGAAAACUCAUCCCUCACUCCACUACUAGAGGAGGUGGUGCGGGAGGAGCGGGAGGAUGAUGAUGAUGAUUUUGAUCAGCCAUCCCCAACACCAUGGAUGCCUCUGCGCGAGUUGGCGGAAGACAUUCUGCACAAUAUCAUCUUCACGCAUGAUGAAACAAAUUGUCAUGGUAGACGAAUUAUAUUAAAAAUAAAAAUCGCUUCUACAAAGAAAAUCUCUGAGGUAUAUCUACCUCAGAGAUUUUCUUCCACAAUUACUCCAACAAAAGUCGCUAAAUUCAAUACAACUGUGAAAAUUUAG